ACGCGUUUGGAGGAACUCACAGUCACCUCACGAGCUUCCUUCAUCCACGACAAACUGCUCAUCGUUUCAUUCUCCUCCUGAGACUCGGGGUAUUAUCAGGCUGGCGCAGUUCUCGGUUACGGCGGGCUGUCUUUUUCAUACGCACACAUCGAGUCGCCUUUCUCUUCUCUCAGGUGAGGCGAGCCAAUAAGCGCUCGCGGACGGCGCUCAAACACGCGAGCUCACGGAAAAAGAGGCGGGAACCUCGCGCACCUUCAGAGCAGCGUGCACGCGCAUCCACAUCGCUCGAGCUCCGCCAGUCAGUCACAGAGCAGCAGCUUCUCACGGGCUCAAACCGGCGGCUUGCAGAAGGGGCAGGUGGACGUCCGCGCAGACUACCACCUCCGCUUGGCAGUCUAAAAGCACCUCGGUGGACAUUUGGCCACUUCUCACAGCCCGUCCGCGAUCUCGCUGUCAUUUGUCACCAAUACAUGCCGUUCAAGUGCUCGUAGUAAACAGUUCCUCGAGAUGGAAAACGCCCACACUAAAUCUGCAUCAGAAGUUUUAGCAAACUUCGGUGUGAACGAAAACACUGGACUCACGCUGGAACAAGUGAAAAAUAAUUUUGAUAAAUAUGGACCGAACGAGCUCCCAGCCGAAGAAGGUAAAUCUCUGUGGGAGUUGGUGGUGGAGCAGUUUGAGGACCUCCUGGUGAGGAUUCUGCUGCUGGCAGCCUGUGUGUCUUUUGUGUUGGCACUGUUUGAGGAGGGGGAGGAGUCCACCACAGCUUUCGUGGAGCCUAUUGUCAUCUUGCUCAUUCUGGUGGCCAACGCAGUCAUUGGAGUCUGGCAGGAGCGAAAUGCAGAGAAUGCCAUCGAAGCUCUAAAAGAGUACGAGCCAGAGAUGGGCAAAGUUUACCGCAUGAACCGCACGGCCGUCCAGAGGAUCAAAGCUCGAGACAUCGUGCCCGGAGAUAUUGUGGAGAUUUCUGUUGGAGACAAGGUGCCAGCAGAUAUCAGGAUCACCUCAAUUAAAUCCACCACCCUGAGGGUAGACCAGUCCAUCCUCACAGGUGAAUCUGUGUCUGUUAUCAAGCACACUGAUCCUGUGCCAGAUCCCAGAGCUGUCAAUCAAGACAAAAAGAACAUGCUGUUUUCUGGCACAAACAUCGCUGCAGGCCGGGCAAUCGGUGUCGUCGUCUCCACUGGGGUUUCCACCGAAAUCGGCAAGAUCCGUAACCAGAUGGCGGCAACAGAGCAGGAGAAGACCCCACUGCAGCAGAAGCUGGAUGAGUUUGGUCAACAGCUCUCCAAGGUCAUCUCGCUCAUCUGCAUUGCCGUCUGGGUCAUUAACAUUGGCCAUUUUGCUGACCCAGUCCACGGCGGGUCCUGGAUCCGAGGUGCCAUCUACUACUUCAAGAUUGCUGUGGCCUUGGCAGUAGCAGCCAUCCCUGAGGGUUUGCCAGCUGUCAUCACCACCUGUCUGGCACUGGGCACCCGUCGCAUGGCCAAGAAAAAUGCCAUUGUCCGUUCACUGCCCUCGGUGGAGACGCUGGGAUGCACCUCCGUUAUCUGUUCAGACAAGACUGGGACCCUGACAACCAACCAGAUGUCUGUCUGCAGGAUGUUUGUGGUCAAUAAAGCUGAUGACAGCAGCUGCUCCCUGCACGAGUUCACCAUCAGCGGCUCAACAUACGCUCCAGAGGGAGAAGUGCUGAAAGCUGACAAGCAGGUGCAGUGUGGAGAUUAUGAUGGCCUGGUGGAACUGGCUACUAUUUGCUCCCUGUGCAACGACUCCUCGCUGGACUAUAAUGAGGCCAAAGGAGUGUAUGAGAAAGUGGGAGAAGCCACGGAAACCGCACUCACCACGCUGGUGGAGAAGAUGAACGUGUUUAAAACAGACCUAUCUGGACUCAGUAAAGUGGACAGAGCUGCAGCUUGCAACUUGAUUAUCAGACAACUAAUGCAGAAAAAGUUCACGCUGGAGUUUUCAAGAGACAGGAAAUCGAUGUCUGUGUACUGCACUCCCAAUGGCACAAACUCUCAGAGCAAGAUGUUUGUCAAGGGAGCUCCAGAGGGCGUGAUUGACCGCUGUCAGUUUGUGCGUGUUGGUAAAGAGCGCUUCCCGUUGACGAUGGCGGUGAAGGAGGAGCUGAUGAGCACCAUUAGAGACUGGGGGACGGGCAGAGACACACUGCGCUGCUUGGCUUUGGCCACCCGAGACUCUCCUCCUGCUGUCGAUAAAAUGGACCUGGAGAAUGCUGGCAAGUUCGCAGAGUAUGAGUCGAGCCUCACCUUCGUUGGCUGUGUGGGGAUGCUGGAUCCGCCCAGGAAAGAAGUGAUUGGCUCGAUAAAGCUGUGCAAUAAGGCUGGUAUUCGUGUCAUCAUGAUCACCGGAGACAAUAAAGGCACCGCCGUGGCCAUCUGCAGACGCAUCGGCAUCUUCAGCGAGAAUGAAGAUGUGGAAGGAAGAGCGUACACUGGCAGAGAGUUUGAUGAUCUUGCUCCAGAAGCCCAGCGAGAGGCAGUGAAGAGAGCAAGAUGCUUCGCCAGAGUCGAACCUGCGCACAAGUCAAAGAUCGUGGCCUAUUUGCAGUCCUUUGAUGAAAUUACAGCAAUGACAGGUGAUGGUGUGAAUGACGCCCCUGCUUUAAAAAAGGCUGAAAUUGGCAUCGCCAUGGGCUCGGGCACAGCAGUAGCCAAAUCUGCCUCCGAGAUGGUGCUCUCUGAUGAUAACUUCUCCACCAUCGUGGCUGCCGUGGAAGAGGGACGAGCUAUCUAUAACAACAUGAAGCAGUUUAUUCGUUAUCUCAUCUCCUCCAACGUGGGAGAGGUGGUGUGUAUUUUCCUCACAGCCAUCCUUGGCCUUCCUGAGGCGCUGAUCCCUGUUCAGCUGCUGUGGGUGAAUCUGGUGACGGAUGGACUGCCUGCCACUGCUCUGGGCUUCAACCCGCCUGACCUGGACAUCAUGGACAAGCCACCCAGGAACCCGAAAGAGCCUCUGAUCUCAGGCUGGCUUUUCUUCAGAUAUCUAGCCAUUGGAGGAUAUGUGGGUUUAGGCACUGUCAGUGCUGCCACCUGGUGGUAUUUGUUUGAUGAAGACGGGCCGCAGGUGUCCUUUUACCAGCUGCGACACUUCAUGCAGUGUACAGAGGAAAACCCCAUGUUUGAAGGCAUAAACUGCGAGGUCUUCGAGUCCCGUUACCCAACCACCAUGGCUCUCUCUGUGCUUGUUACCAUCGAGAUGUUCAACGCUCUUAACAGUCUGUCAGAAAAUCAGUCUCUCCUGAGGAUGCCACCCUGGGUCAACAUAUGGCUGUUGGGGGCCAUAAUCCUUUCCCUGUCUCUACACUUCCUCAUCCUGCAUGUGGAGCCUCUGCCGCUGAUCUUCCAGGUCACUCCACUGCAUUUUUCCCAAUGGAUCAUUGUCUUCAAGAUCUCAAUUCCUGUCAUCCUAUUGGACGAAGCACUUAAGUACAUCUCCCGCCACCACUUAGAAGUUUAACUAUCCCCUCUCGUCUUUUGAAAGGUGAAGAGGAGGACAGGUACAGGAAGAAUCGGCAGCUGAAAUUUUAGGAUGACUUCCUCCAAGCACACAUGAACACACACACACACACACACACACACACACACACACACACACACACACACACACACUCACCCCUGCCUUUUUCCUCCAUGCUUUUAAGACAUGCACACACAUCACUCGUCCUCUAGAAAUCUCUCAUCAUGUGUCUUCUCUGCAUGUCUAACCACCACUAAAACAAGCAGGGCUUGUAGUUUGUUACUUUGUGUGUGUUUGAGAGUUUAGGCGUGAGUGUUUGUGUGCGUGUAGGCAUGUGCAUGGGCCUAAUUCAAUCAUGUCAAGCCGUUGUGUGUCCAUAUGUUUUCUUUUACCUUGCUUUUUAGCUUUCACACACUUGCUGUACAUAGUAGUGCGGUUUACUGGAGAGGAAGAGCGUUUAAGGAUGAACAUUUGGGUAAUACGGGUUAAUAACAAGCGGGAUUUAAUCAUAAUUUGGCCAGAAAGUACAAUAAACAACAAAGAUAGAUUCAGAAAUGUUAAAGAGAGGAUGAAGAUGCCAGUUUGGGUGUCUUUUAAUGUGUGAAUGUUUGUUCGGACAGAAUGGCCAGUUUCUUUAAGUGGUCGCUCCAGUUUCUCUUUUCCUCUCUUCUUUUGGAUGUUUCUUUUAAAUAACUGUUUACACAAGGCUAAACCAGGCAGCAAAUACUUUGUAUUGCACAUGACCAUUAUAAUUGUUUUAGUCUGAAAACUGAGAACUUACGGUUUAGGAUUGUGAAAUAGAAGGCCAAGGAGUGAAUUUUAACUGUAAAACAUUUCAAAACUGCGCAGAAAUCGAUUGAAAUCAACAACCGUAACAACAGUAAGCGAAUAAGUGAACUAAUGUGCCUCAGACUUUUCCUCCUCUAUUCUGUAAAAGAGUGAACUCCACUUGAACACUAGUAAUAAUUCAAUCCAAACAUGGUGCAACCUGCCACAUGAUGUAAGUAUUACUAUCCACUGCAGGUUUCGAAAGUGAUGAGAGGGAAGAGGAGGAAAGAAAGGGUUUUGUUCACUGAGGGCAGUCCAGGUUUGCAGCAUUACCUGCAGAGACUGCUUUGAUUUUCCCUCUCCUACACACAGACACAAACUCGCGCACCCUCUUUAGGGAGUAAAGGGGUCUCACUUGAAUGUACUUUGGCUUGCUGCUUGCUAGCAAGGCUUUUCGUGCUCCUUUAAUGCUGCCGAAUUGCUUUUUCUUUUGCACGUUUUUCAUCCUCCAUCAUCAUCAUCAUGAACACGUCGUGUCCACAAAGGGAGGAUUCUCUACCGCUAGUGCUUUUCUUGCAAUCUUGAUGAACUUGGCUACUUUUUUUUUUUUUUUUUUAACACAGUAAUAAUGUAUUCGACUGAAAGAACCCAGGUGGUUUAGCUUUGUCAGUUUUGCUGUUAAGGGUUUGAUAUGCCCUCAUCGAUCUGUUGGGUAAUGCUGGUGUGCUGUUUUCAGACGAAUUGGCAAAGCAGCUACGCCUGUGCCUGGUGUCAAUAUGCUAAAAGCGCAGUGUGAAAAGUCUCUGUCCGCUUGCUAGCUGUGACAAUGGUGUCCUUCUGUCACAGCUUCGAAUCAUCUGUUUUGCCAGUAACAAAUGUGAGUGGUGUAAAUGCUAUUUUAAACAGGCAAGCUCUGUGUCUCAUGUGCUACACUUAUAGUUAGUAGCUAACUUUAGGGUCAGCGUUUUGACACGAGGCAACAUGGCCGCUCAUAUUCAUCACACUAGCAUCUGCACCAAUAGAAAGUGUGGGCUUGUACAGCCUUGCUAAUAACUACUGAUCUCUUGAACUCUUGUACAGUACAGGAAAAAAAAGAAAUACCUGAUUGCAUGGAACCUUGUUACUGUAAUUAAUAACCUAUACAGUAUAUUUAAUUCUUUUUUAAAUAAUGAAAAAUCAUCAUCACCCGGGAGAGAGCAGUUGCAAAACUUCUUUUGAAUUUUCUUUCAGCGUUCACCUAACUGAGACUAUUUUGUAGAAUAGUGGCGGUUGUUUAUUCAUUGUUACAGUUUGUUUUAAAGGUUGCAGGGGUUUAUGUGUCUUUUAAAUUUAGUUUAGGACUUGUAAAAUAAAGAUAAGAUUUGUGCUAAUGAUCAUUUUUUUGCAACUAUAAUUGGGUUUGAAUGUCUGAGGAGUUUCAGUUUCUCUGUUUUUGUUUGUCUGUUUGAUUUGUGUGGUUUACACAGAGUGGCGUCCACUAGUCAAUAUAGCCUACUGACUUCGGAAGUUGUUCUCCUGAAGGGCUUGGUGUGGGAUUUGUGCCUCCAGAGAUUUGAAAUGUUACGCGGAAAGUUGGACGUCCACUUUGUAUCUAUUUCAAUCCAUAUUUAAAACCGAUUCGAGUAAUAUUCCUUAACGUUACUGAAUGCCUUUUGUUGGUGCUUCUCCCGCGAAACGUUUUCAUCAAACGAUACUGAAUGUUUUCACUCUGAAACGUGCUUGAUUGUUCGUUGUGGACACUUCGGAAAGGUUGACAAUCAGGAGCGCAAACAAGAGAUUGUAGUGUCGUCGAUUUCUCCCCAUUCGUGGUCCUGAGAUGAUUCACUCGGACUGGACAGCUGUCUUUCUGCCUGCGCACAAACCGGCUGGAGCUUUGCACCCACUACUGAGAAAGAAUUCUCUGUAAACGCCUUGGUAAUAUUAAUUGUGGAUACAUAAUUUUAUAUAUAUGAAAAAGACAUGUCAAAUAAAGAUUAUUUAUCUUCUAAUUUA